AUGAAUUUUAAUGUCUGGAAUAUCAAAGAUAUGCUCAGCAUUCCCUCAGGCUCUGGGACCACUAAGUCAUCAAACUGGACCAAUAAUCAGGCUGAUUACUCCAGUCUCAGUGAUUCUCAGUUCCUCUUUGGGUCCCAGUUCUGUCCAGAAAGUUCAGAGACCCUGUCAGCACCAUUGGACUUUGGUGUCCAUUUGAGAGAUCCAAAACACUUACAGAAGAAUUCUCUGGAUAGUGAACCUAGUAUUUUCACAAAGUACCAAACAAAACCCCAGCUGUUUGGAGAAGAUACAAAGGAUGGAGGCUUAUUUCCUCUUCCUUUGUCUGUUGGCAAAUCAAAAGGCCUCUUGGAACAGUUUGAGGAGAAAAAGAAAAGAGCACAAGACAAAUGUGACAGUGAGAAUCUCUACAAUUUCAUUUCCCAUGUCCGAGAAAGCAUUCACAAGUUGCAGACAUCUGUGGAAAAAUCUGAGGAACAUCUCAGUUCAAGAAGCCAAUCUAUUUUGGAUUCUUUGGAGACUGUGGCCAGGACAUUGCAAGAGACUGUGCAGGCCCAGAGCAACCUGGUGUUGAAAACAGUGCAGGAUAAAGGCAACAUGGAGCAGGCUAUCCUUGAGAUGCAGAAGAGAUUUGACGCUAGACAAGCAGAGUUCAUAGAAAUGAAGUCUGACCUGAAGCACGUUGAAGUUGUAGUUGCCCAGCAGAGUAAGAACUUCCAGCAGCUGUGCGAGCAGCUACGCCAGCUGUGUGAGAAUGUGCCCAGCAUCCUAGCAGAGCUGAAGAGUUUGAUCUCAGUGCCUCAGGGACCCACACAUGUGACAGACAGAACUUCGCAGACCUCACCACUGCUGCCCCAGAGCCUCAAUUUCACCAGACAGGACAAAUAUGCCUGUGAGGAACCUGCUUCGGGGAGUCUUAGGAUGGGCUCCCUGCGGCCUCGAGGGGAGUUCGGGGUGUGGAGUGAAGGAGCAAAGAGGGCUGCUCUCCAAGAAGAAGCCGUGCUGUUGGCUGUUGGAGGCAGCAAGACAAACAGGCGAGUCAGGGACAAGGCUGUGCAGACUAACUGCAGGAAUCAGCUUAUUACUAAAAGAAGCUUGGAGAACCAAGAUCCUGGUGUCAGGAACCUGGUUUCCCUUGGAGCCUCACAGCCGAUCUCCCGGGACUUAAACAACGUUGUAACUGGCAUUGAGAAUGCCCGCCAAAAACGUCAAACCAAAGACAUGUUUUCACAUGACCCCUGUGAGCAGAGGUUGGUGACAGAACAGAAAGGCAGGACAGUAGAACUCGGGAGGAAAGGCCAGCAGCAGCCCAGGAAAGCCCGCAGAGGUAGGCCCCUAGCCAGGAAGCAAGAGCAUACUCAAGGCAAAACCAGUGCUUUCAGUUCCACAGGUCCCCAGUCUCCAGUUUCUGGCUCACAAAGUUCCACCCCAGAGCAGCAGGAACCCCUUGCUCAGCCCCUGCAUCUGUGUGGCCCCAGGAGCCCCACAAAGCCAGUCUGCCCUGUUCUGGAAGGAGUGCUCACGCCCAAAAGGACAGCUGGGCCAGCCCCAGGGGCCUCCCUGCAGCUCAGUGGGCACUCUUCCCAAGACAACAGCCAGCUUUCUAACAGCUCCAAGGGGGACCACCAAAUAAGCUGGUUCAGUGACCUCAACCUCGAAAGUUCCAUGACCCCUCCAUGCAAGGAGCCAGGAAAGAAUGUGCUCUAUGACCUGGGUUUUGACAGCAGUGAUGAUGGCUUCUGA